AUGUUAGAACGAUGCACAGUAACAUUACACAUGUACGUUCUGCAUAGCAUCUAUCUUCUGCUAUGUCACGGUGAUCUGUCAAACUCAUCACCAAUACCGUUCAACGCUCAGGUGAUCCGCGUUGUCUCAAGACAUCUUCAAGGCCCUAAUUGGAAAGAAGCCGCACGUAUCUUGAAAUGUGUUGUUCAGUUUAAUAAUAUUGCGCUGAAUGGCAUAACUCAGGAAGAUGGCAAUAAAUCAGAUGCAAACGGUAUGAUAGCUAGUAGUAAGUGUAGUAAAACGAAAACUUUGCAAGUUGAAGUGGCACUUGAUGACUGCGUCGUGCCAUUAUCACCGAGAAAAAGUAUUUUUGAUAGUUGUUCGAUGAGACGACAUAAUCUGAGUCAGGCAAAAGUACGUGAACGAUUGAUAAGUUUGUUGAACGCAUCGGGUCUUCGUGUCGGUUUGCCGAAGAGUGCAUCGGUAAUCAAUUUUGUGAUCUUCUCGCAAUCCUCAUACGACAUAACGCACGAACAACCCGGAGGAUCGAUUUCGUCGUCUACCGAAAAGAUAGCACUAUCACAUGGCGGUGAUAUCGAUACAGCAUCGUCGCUAGUCGCCGAUCAUUCUGUCACGGAUUCGUUCCCUCGCGUGUUCAGAGAAUUUGAUUUCCUCGAAGCCGAACACGACAGUGUAUCGGAAUCAACAGAAUCGUGCUUCAAUUGGUUAUCAACAAUGCGACCGCAUUCGAUUAGUAAUGUGGAGGAACAAUAUCAAGAUGACGAAUGUACUGAAACAAAUACUGCGCAAAGGCGAUCCUCUGCGGACUCAUUUGAAGUGUCCAGUGAACGAACACCGUUACAAUCCGAGACACGGAGUGAAACUACUGAAGAAGAGGAAGAGGAGGAAAGUUGCGACGAGGAAAUUGAAGAAGAGGAAUUUAUUGUCGAAGAAGAACAACAACGCGUGGCCGAUGUGUCAUCACUGGCCGAAUCGAUCCAGUGCAGUCGAUCAGAGGUAUCUGAUGAAUGUUUGUCACAGCCACAAUCAACCACACAAUUGCCACUUUUCUUGGAGUGUAAUCACCAUUCAUCUGCUCAGAGUGAACAGCAGUGGCUAUCGACAUUCGUGGAGAUGAGUAAAGACGAGAAAGGUGAACUGACGGCACAUGCCACUCUUCUUUUCUCGCAACUUUAUCGAGUAAGUUAUCGCCUUGAAUAA